AUGCUGCUUGAAAUAAUAUUUCUAAGUGUGAUUGCUCUGAUCAUCAUCUUCGCUUUUUGUCUACCAAACGUGAAGGAGUUCGUGAAAUACCACGUGGCUAGGGUGUAUCUGCGCCUCUACUGCUGCAAACGUCUCAAGAUCAACUACACGUUGGGUCUGCAGGAGGCACACGCCAGCAACUUCCCACAAUCAUACACUGAAGAAUUCACCAGCACUGACAAAAAUUACAACAACAACUACAUCAACAAUGAUAUCAUUACCGGCAGCAACAACUGCAACGACAGCAACUGCAACGACUGCAACGACAACAACUGCAAUGACGACGACGUCAACACCAACAACAACAGCGUGCCCCACAAUGACGGUGACAUGGACAACUACCAGAUGGAUGUUUUGCAAAGUAUCUGGUCGAAAUUGAUACCCCUGAAGGAUGGGGUGAAGCACGGAGCACUGACGGGAGCACACGUGGACAUGGGCAUUGGGGGAAUACUCCGACAAUCCGCUGUGGAGAACUUUUUUGGGGAAAAAAUUUACAAGGAACCUAUCUAUAUGUUCAGAUCUCCAAGUGAAGAGAAGGAUGCCUGGUUGGAACAUCCACGACACUUCCGGCGGAGAAACAAUCCCAAUUUUCCAAAGAUUAAAAAAGACAAGUGUUUGGAGCAACUUUUUCAACAACCUGGAUCACGUCUCGGAAAAAUGGGCCGUCUCGGAAAAAUGGGACCGUCUCGGAAAAAUGGGACUGUCUCGAAUAACUGGGAUUGUCUGGGGAAAAUGGGACCGUCUCGGAAAAAUGGGACCGUCUCGGAAAAAUGGAAAUGCCUUGGAAAAAUGGGACUGUCUCGGACAAAUGGGAUUGUCUCGAAAAAAUUGGGCAAUUUCUGA